UCAAGAUGGUGGCGCCCAGCGGUACCAUGAGCGAUUCAGACAGCAGCAGCAGUAGCAACAGCGAUGCGGAGGAGCUGGCGCGGUGCCGCGAGGCGGCGACGCCCGCCUGGGGGCUGGAGCAGCGCCCGCUAGGAACGGAGAAACCCAGAGCCGACGCUGCAAGUAAAGAAGCACCAGCCUCCCAGCCAAGCCGCAGGCGUGAGGUGAACCGGCACGAAGAAGAUGGCAACGAGCUUCAGACCACUCCUGAGUUCCGAGCCCAUGUGGCCAGGAAGCUGGGAGCGCUGCUGGACAGCUCCAUCACCAUCUCAGAAGUAUGGAAGGCGCCUCGGAAGGCAGAGGUACAGCUGGAGACAGAGGCGGAGGACGGCUUCCGCCUUUUCUUCACAUCCAUCCCCGGAGGCCACGAGAAGGAAGCUUCUCCAAGACCCUGCCGAAAGCGCCAGCCCCCCAGCUCCAGCAGUGAAGACAGUGACGAGGAGUGGCAGCGGUGCCGGGAGGCAGCUGUGUCUGCCUCAGAUCUUCUCCAGGAAUCAGCCAUACACUGCCCUGCCAAGGUGGAGAAGGCGACCAAGAGGAAGAAGUUAAAAAAGAAAGCCAAGGAGGAGGCUGACACUGACUUGGCGGGAUCCACAGGCCUGCAACAGAUAAAGGAGGCAGGCAACAUAAACGGAGACCUGGUGUCACUUGGGACCAAAAAGAAGAAAAGGAAGAAAAAGGCCAAGAAAGCCAGAGCUGCGUCCCCGUGCCCAUUCGCAGCGCCUGUAGUGGCUGAGCCUGAGAACUGACCCCGGCCGUUCGCGCUGUGGCCACCAGCUCUGAGGAUGAGGUGCCUGUGGGGUCAGGGCAGAGCCAGGCCACACUCCUUCCCGGUUCCAACAGUGACUCUGCCACAGGUGACUUCAU